AUGAAUUUUUUAGACGGCAUGCUCCCAGGGGCGGCGGAAUUCUCUGCAAGCGCCCUGCUCGGCGAUAUGGAUGCGCAGGGGCGCAGUUCGCCAGCACUGGAUGUUCCUUGGCGCCUCAUCUUCUCCCUCUUCAUUAUUCAUCCUGUUUCUCCUCCUCUCUUCCUCCUCCUUCUCCUCCUCCUCCGUCUCCUUCUCCUCCCCAGUGCAGGAUCGCAGUGUGCAGGCGACGGCCGCUCGUGGGGGCCCGAGAGACUGAGGGGGCUAGUCAUCCUGCGCCUCCCCAGCCGGCCAUUUUUAAUCUUCCGUCCCGCUGGUACAGAUCGGCGGCCACAACUCGUGGCAGUUGCUUGCAUCCGAGCAUAG